AUGAACAAAUUGCUGGCACUGCUCCUCCUCGCUGCGUAUACCGCGGCAGGACCUGCGCCCGUUCCUGUGCAACCGUCUCAGGAUCUCAAUUGCCUGAAUUUGGAGCACGACAAGGAGUUCUUCAGCUGCAUCUUCGUAAAGGCCAUCGGUGCUCUCGAUAGAGCGGCUCGAUCGAGCAAUAUCGAGAUUGUUGAAGGCGUGACUUUCGUACAAGACACCCCGGCGGAGCGCAUUGGCAAGAGUUUGAAGAUAAACGAGAAGGCGAUCAUGAAUGAAUUACCAGAAGAUAUGUCCGACAGGACGAUAAAACUUUUCAAUAUGCUGUGCGAUUCGGCUGUCUCUUUUAUGAAGAGUCAUAGUUUGAAAUUCAGAAUACCUGAAGGUUCGAUGUCUCGCGCCUUGAAUGAAGGACGUGCCAAAAUCAAGAAAAUGAUUCUGCCGCUGAUUGCCGCAGCGGGUAUCAAGAUUUUUGCACUGGCACCGAUCUUGCUCGGCGUCUUGGCCCUGCUGACCUUCAAAGCUUUAGUCUACGGUAAAAUCGCCUUGAUCGUCGCCGGUAUCAUGGCAUUCCAAAAGUUCUUCGGCGGCAGCGGGGCUGGUGGUUUCUUCAAUAAGAAUCCUGCGCCUCUUUGGUAUGACAAUGGUGCCACUGGAAGUUGGGCUUCCGCUGGGCCCUCAGGAUUGCAGCACCAAGGAUAUAGAAGCUUCGAUGUAGCUGACGCGAAAAACGACGCGAAAAACGACGCCCAGGAUUUAGCAUAUUCCGCGCACGCACCGGUAUACAACGGUACCGAUUAA